AUGACCGUUCUAGUACUGGUACGGCAAUGGGGUGCAGCAUGGGGUAUCGUCGCUUACGUUCUAUGGUGGAUCAAUACUGCAAUGGCAGUCGUCGUGGUGAUGGGAAUUCCGUACGUCUUUGUGAAAAUCCAGUCGCCAGGUGUUAAGGCGGUCCUACCAGGCGUGCUUCUCCCGCUGAUCUCGGCACUCACCUCCGCCGCUGGUGGAGGUGUUAUCUGUCAAUACGGAGCUCUAGGGAGCCGAUUGCAGGUUCCCGUUAUCAUCGUCUCUUUUCUUGAAGUUGGGCUAGGGCUCACGCUAGCAAUCACGUUGACAGAUAUCUUUAUGACAAGGCUCUUCGACCAAAGCUUCCCCGCUAUGGAAGAAAUCUAUCAGGACAUGAUUCUGUGCGGUCCAUUCGGUCAAGCCAGCUUUGCGUUACAGGCCCUCGGACAGGCGGUGUUGCGCGAUGCUUUCGCCGAUUAUGAUCGUGGAACCUUCUUAACGGCGGAGGCUGCUAAGCCCAUUGGGUUCGCUAGCGAACUGGCUGGUCUUCUUGUCUGGGGAUAUGGCACAUUCUGGUGGUGUUUUGCUAUUCUUAGUAUAUCCCAUGCCUUGAUCUCUCGCGCAAGACACCGACAACACACUUCCUUCACCUUGGCCGCUUGGUCUCUGGUCUUCCCAUGGGGUGUCUAUACGAAUGCCGCAGUGGAGCUAGGGAAAUUAAUGGACUCCCCGGCCUUUAAAGUGUGGUCCACAGCUCUACUUAUUAUUGUCCUCGUGAUCUGGAUCGUGAACCAUUAUUUCACAGUCAAAGGAUUAGUCACAGGGGAUCUGCUGGGUUUAAACCGAGUGUAUGAAAGUGCCCCGAUAACUGUAAAUCGUGGCAGAAGUGGUCCUAGAACAAAUUGGGUAUAG